UCUGAAUGGUUUCCAGCGCUCCUGCAGCCCCCUCGGGGAAACACCAGCGCAGGAGGAGGAGGCGGAGGAGGGGAUGGUAACGAUGACAAGCGGACGUGGACGCGGAUGCGUGUUGGCCCUCCUGACCUUUUGUCCCGGCAUGGUCUUGCUAUGAUGACAUUGUUUGGGCAACACUUGUGCUCUCGGCCAAGCAGGUGGUCUCAAUUGGAAUGAAGAUAACAUGGCCCCUUCUAAUACCGCCAGCAUGAGCAACAAAGGACAAUAAAUCAUGAAAAACUGCCAAAGAUAAUAACAAUGGAGCUUCCAGCUGAGGCACAAUUAGAGGGAUAUCCGUCUCCACUCGCAGCGUCGGACAAAUUGGCCUUUUCAACAAGAGGAACGUCCACAGAAAGUGCUGUUAACAGCUUACAGGACCUCACAGAGGACGGUCUUCUUGAGGGUCCAUACGGCUCCCAGUUGGAAGGAGGAGGCGACGAACUUGAGGACAGUUCUGUUCGUGGCGGUCUUCAGAACACAAAAUAUGUGGCGGAUGUGUCCUUACGGAUUUCACCGCAGGAUCUACGCUCCUGGCCUUUGAAACUGAGUCAGGAAUCACGACAGGAAAGUUUUGUUUGCAUUAGCCUCAAUAACACAAUGGAAUAUGUUGGUAAAGUUGGUCAGAAUCUGAAUUUACUGAGCUGUGAUCAGGACCACUCUGGUUCUCUUCCUGUCCAAUAUUACAAAGGGGAUGAGCUUCUUUCUGAAGAUCGAAACAGCUCCCAUAUGGAACCGAGUCCUGGCGGACAGGAAGGCGGUUCUCAGUCCUUAGAGCACUGUGAUCAAUUGUCUGCCAUCCUAGGAGCUACUCAAGAUAAAGACCUGGAUUUUUUGAGCUCAUCUCAGAACUGUUGUUGUCCCCUUCCUGUCCAAGACAAAGGAUGCUAUGAUCUUUCAGAUGCUCAAGACUGCUCACAAAGGGUACUGGUUCCUGGUGGACUAAUGGACAGUUUUGUUUGUGUUAAUCCUAAUAAAGUGGAAUUGGUAAAACAUUUGUGCGAAUGGAUGCAAGGAGAGGUUCUUGCAAAUCCAACUGAAGACCUGAGCUUAUUGAGCUCACUUCAGGACCACUGUGGCCCCCUACCUGUCCAAGACCUACAAUGCAAUGAUCCUCCUGAGGCUCAAGGCUGCUUACCACUUGAAUUGGUUCCGAACAAGCUAAAGGACACUUCUGUUUCAGAUGAUCUGUGCUCACAUGUGCAAGAACAGGGUAUCAAACUUCUUGGAGAUGCAACUGAAGACUUGAAUGGAAUUAAGCGAUCAGAGAUCAUCUCAACCGACCUCGUCAGUCAGACUUCUGAGGAACCUGCCCUCACCAGCCCUAAUUCAACGCCAGACCUUUCACGCAUCAUCAAACUCAAACAGAGUUCCAUCACCUUCUCGGACUAUGCGGAGCAUCGCCCUCGCAUCGACGGCAGCUCGGACGAAGGAGAGUCUUCACAGGAAGAGGAGGAAGAAGAAGACGACAACAAGGAAAAUGACGACGUGUUCUUGGAGCUGCCGCCCAGUGAGCUCCUGGCCAAUCACAGACACAGGAAGGAUGCCGUUAUGAGGUGGAGCCGUGGCGUACCAGAAAGUGGGCAAUGUGGCUAUGAAGCAGAAGUGGAAAGUAGCAAGGAGGGGUCCCCACUGCUGACGUCUCCCUGGUGUGAGUCAAUGAGUCAGCUGAUGCGAAAGCUGGACCAGCUCCAUUUGGACAUCGAGGAGGCUCUGAGCGCUGGCUCCUCCCCCUCUGACACACCUUGCACCACCCGCAAGAAACAGCGCUCAGCAUUGAACCAAAGCCUGAAUGAGCGAGCAGAAGGACGGGAAUGGCCGAGCCAAAGCGGGUUUUGUCUUCCUCACGGCGCCUCCGUGGGAACGAAGACCAGAGGCAAGAAAGCAGGUUUGAACAAGAUGAGCAGUGGAGCAGGAGCAGAGGUUGAGGCAAAGGAGGCGUGCGAUUGGCUGCGAGCCGCCGGAUUUCCCCAGUAUGCUCAGCUCUUUGAAGAUUCCCAGUUCCCCAUUGACAUCAGCCCUGUCAAAAGAGACCAUGACUUCCUGGACAAAGAUCUUGUCGAGCCUCUUUGCAGGCGACUCAACACCUUGAAUAAGUGUGCCUCUCUGAAACUUGACGUGAACCUCCCAAAGAAGAAAAGCGAAGACUCUGAUGAGGAAGACCUCUUUGCCAUCAGUGACAAAUGGACCUUUGAAUGGAGCAGUCGGCGCUGGUCCAGGCUGCAAGACAUUGACUGUUUUCUGGGACACCAAGGACAGGACCUGUCAGCUGGGGAUAAUGUGCCUCUAAGAACCACAACCAGCAGUGAAAGUGUGCUAACGGACCUCAGCGAGCCGGAAGUAUCUUCUGUACAUAGCGGGAGCAGCGGGGGCAGUGGGCCUCGAGGACUCAGCACCGAGGACUCUGACUGCUCCAACCGCACCUGCUCAGAUUCUGUAGCCAUGCCAGACUCGACUUUGCUGACAAUGACUCACAUCAACAAAGACAUUGGUCAUUAUGGCUCCCUGCCUAAUAAGUAUGGCAAGACAAGUCGAACCCGUGCCAAAGACUUCCUGAAACGCAUGGAGACCCUACGUUCCCGGGGAUCGCUUGCAAGAGGUCGUAAGACGAUAGUCAUCAGUUCUCCUGUGUUGCAGCAGGAGGCCCUCGCUCUAAAGAGUCUGCCGUGUGUUGAGAUUAUAAACGGAGGUCCAGAACCACCGCCCCACACGGUUCCGUCCCAGUCCAGCAGUGAAGGUAGCUGCCAUUCCAGUGGAAGCGCUGGCAGCACACCCAGCCUUAAAGAGCGCAAGCCAUACCGGGCUGACCACAAGCGUAGCGGCAUGUAUCUAGAAGACGUAGACAUCUUCUCAGGCAACCAAAUCAACAAAGUUGUGGAACAAAAUCGCAAAAAUGAAUUUUGCUCCUACGAGGACCUGGUGGUUCAUAUCCCUAAUGACCAUAAGCCGGGAACCUUCCCUAAAGCACUGUCCAUAGAAAGUCUAUCACCAACCAAUGGGGCCUCCAUAAACUGGCACACAGGCAGCGUGCACCUGGACUCUGCACUAAUAGCAUGCAGGCAGGAAGCCAGGCCUGUCACACAGUGCUGUUCUAGAGGAAGCCGCAUCAGCGUGUACGACAAUGUUCCUGGUUCCCAUUUGUACGCCAGCACAGGGGAUCUAAUAGAUCUGGAGAAGGAAGACCUGUUUCCUCACUUGGAUGACAUCUUGUUGCAUGUCAAUGGUCUGCAGCAGAUAGUGGACCACUGGUCUAAAAAUGUACUGCCGGGAGUGGAAGGACUGUCGAAGGUGGAUGGAGAAAGGGAAGGUACGGUUGGUCUUCAGUCUUUAAGUCAGAUCACUUUGGACUUUGAGGGGGAUUCUGUGACGGAAAGCCAGACUACACCUACUGGAGAUGGCAUGUCUCUUUCAGACAUUGAAGCGACAAGGAUCAGGGAAAGGAGAGACUCGGGAGUAGGGGCUUCGCUUACAAGACCCAACCGGCUACGAUGGCCCAGUUUCCAGAUAUCCAAUCGUCUAAGCCACUCGGUGGCAUCGCUGCAAAUAACCAACCAGUCGGCAGGCCAGCUGAGUUUGUUGCAGAAGUUCUCUCUGCUCCGUCUUACAGCCAUCAUGGAAAAGUACUCCUUGUCAAACAAGCACGGCUGGACCUGGGCAGUACCAAAGUUCAUGAAGAGAAUGAAGGUGCCAGACUACAAGGACAAGAAUGUGUUCGGAGUGCCCCUCAUAGUUCACGUGCAACGUUCUGGACAACCACUACCCCUCGGCCUGCAGCAGGCCCUGCGGUACCUGAGGAGCCAGUGUCUUGACCAGGUGGGUCUCUUCCGUAAAUCGGGGGUGAAGUCCAGGAUUCAAGCUCUGAGGCAGUUGAACGAGAGCUCCCCGGACAACGUCAACUAUGACGAUCAGUCUGCGUAUGACGUGGCGGACAUGGUAAAGCAGUUUUUCAGGGAUUUACCCGAGCCGCUGCUCACCAGCAAGCUGGGGGAGACCUUCCUCCACAUCUACCAAUAUGUGCCCAAGGACCAGAGGUUGCAGGCCGUCCAGGCAGCCAUCAUGCUCAUGUCGGAUGAAAACCGGGAGGUGCUGCAGAUGCUGCUUUGCUUCCUGAGCGACGUGACGUCCUCCGUGGAGGAAAACCAGAUGACGCCCAUGAACAUCGCCGUGUGUCUUGCGCCCUCCCUUUUCCAUCUCAACAUCCUCAAAAAGGACAAUCUUUCCCCCAGAGCCAUGCAGAAGAAGUACGCCAGCGGCAGACCGGACCAGAAAGACCUGAACGAGAACUUGGCGGCCACACAGGGCCUCGCUCACAUGAUCACGGAGUGCAACCGUCUCUUCGAGAUCCCACAGGAAAUGGUGACUCAGUCACGCAGCUCGUACGUGGAGGCCGACCUGCACGCGCCCACCUUCGACGAGCUCUUCAAGCAGCUGGAGGACGACGGCGGAACGUACGACAACCACGUGGAGGGCAGGCUUCAAAACCUGCUAAAAGAAGCUCGCGAGAAGUCCAAGUACUGGGUGUCCUGCAGCAGCUCGGAUAAUACCGAGCUGUACUAUAAAAAGGUGGGGGACGGGAACCCGCUGAGGCGCUGGAGAGUCUCCGUGGAGGUGGAAGCGCCGCCGUCCGUUGUGUUGAACCGCGUGCUGCGUGAGCGCCACCUGUGGGAUGUGGACUUGCUGCAAUGGAAAGUGUGCGAGACGCUGGACAAGCAGACGGAGGUGUUUCAGUACGUCCUCAACCGAAUGCCGCCGCACCCCAGCAGAGACUUUGUGGUUCUCAGGUCUUGGAGGACAGACCUGCCCAAAGGUGCAUGUUCCCUGGUUUCCGUCUCAAUGGAGCAUGAGGAUUGUCCUCCUGUCGGAGCGGUACGAGCUAUUGUCCUGGAGUCCAAUUACCUGCUGGAGCCUUGCGGCUCAGGGAAGUCCAGACUAACUCACAUUUGCAGAGUGGAUUUGAAGGGAAGAACUCCAGAUUGGUACAAUAAAGCAUUCGGCCAUCUUUGUGCCGCGGAAGCCGCUCGGAUCCGCAACUCUUUCCAGCCGCUCAUCACAGAUGGUCCCGAGACCAAAAUCUGAAACAUUGUGAAGACAAAGAUAGGACCCCCCCCAAACUAAGGCACAGUUAAUGUAAUAUGUUUUUUUUGUUUGUUUUUUUAUUAUGAUCAUGUUGAGCUCCUCUGCAUUUGCACAGUAACACAUGAGGACAUCUUAUAGGUGUUGAGCAUAUUUACUCCUUGGGAAAUUAAUCAUCCUGCCAAUGUUGAAUCGCAACUUAAUUCACUUUGAUAUCAGAAAAACCUCCAUCGUGUAAACUUCUGUGUAUAUAAUAAUACGUAACUGUUGUGAUAUACAAUGUCUAAGACAUUCAAGCUCUUAUAUGCUUCUGGGAAGCAUGUACAUAUUAAUCAUUUAAGAUUAAAAGCUAUAUUAUUAUUAUGAGGUACACACAAGUGUCCUGUGUAUGUGUACAUAGAUGUGUGAAUAUACUGUACGUGUAUAUUGGAUAUUUGUGAAGGGAUUAGUACAGUAUAUAUGUUUGUUAACUAUAUAUUGAUUUGCCUUCCUGUCAGUCUGCCUGUAUUGCAAACAUGUAAACUGGUUUUACUUCAGUAUUGCUUUUGGAAUUAUUGUCUUUUUUUUUUUUUCAACUUUGACCUCCUACGGUUGUGAAUGACUUAAGGUUUGACUUGAUCAUGCCUGCUUUUAGGGUACUUGACCGUGCCGCUGACGACAAAAGACACGCUUGUUUUUAAAUAAAACUGAAUUAUAAAAUAA